CCUCCUCCACUUCCUCGGCGAGCACCUGCCUCAUAAACCGCCCGCACGAUCCUCCAGCUUGUUCUGCAAUCUACAGCAUAUUAUCGAGUCAAACACUAGAAAUCAGCUUCGUUAUUCUCAUGCCUUCCUAUAAUCCCGACAAAUGGAUAGACCAACUCAUGGAAUGUCGUCACCUCCCAGAGCCCGAUAUGAAAGUCCUUUGCGACCGCGUUCGCGCCAUCCUUAUGGAAGAAUCAAAUAUCCAGCCCGUUUCGAGUCCAGUAACCAUCUGCGGCGAUAUUCACGGACAGUUCUGGGACUUGCUUGAGCUGUUACGAAAGGGUGGGAAGGUCCCAGACACAAGUUAUAUUUUUAUGGGCGACUUCGUCGACCGAGGGCACUAUAGUUUGGAGACCGUGUCCUUGCUGCUGGCACUGAAAGCUCGAUACCCAGAUAAAGUCACUCUCCUUCGUGGAAACCAUGAAAGUAGACAAAUCACCCAGGUGUAUGGAUUUUAUGAUGAAUGCCAACAAAAGUAUGGCAGUGCUGCGGUGUGGAAAGCAUGCUGUAGUAUAAUAGACGGAGAGACUUUGUGCGUGCACGGUGGCCUAUCACCAGACAUCCGAACUCUAGACCAAAUUCGUGUCCUCUCGCGCGCCCAGGAAAUUCCUCAUGAAGGCGCCUUCUGUGACCUCAUGUGUCCACGUGGAGCCGGUUGGCUAUUCGGCAGAAAUGUGACGCGAGAGUUCAACCAUGUUAAUUCCUUGAGCCUCAUUGCUCGUGCACACCAGCUCGUCCAAGAAGGGUACAAGUACAUGUUUGACGACCAGCUCGUUACCGUAUGGUCCGCACCAAAUUACUGCUACCGAUGUGGUAACAUGGCGUCAAUAUUAACGGUCAGGGAGGAUGGAAGUAGAGAUUUUACUGUUUAUAAUGCGGCCCCUGAGAACGAGAGAGAUAAGGGGAUGCAAACAAAAAAGAUUGACUGCUAUCAGAAUGCACGCUCACGGUCUUACCUGCAGAAUACAAUGCCCUACUUUGUAUGACACGGAUGUAUGUACAGCGCUAUUCACUUCUUUGAUAUCGCCAUUUCAGUCGCGCGUCCAUGACGCUCCGUGGUAAUGAUCACCGGGCAGUAUGCAAAAAAUUGUUCUUUUACUGUGUUGAUCGACUAGACGGCUCCUAAUAUGCCAGUCUUUCCUUCAAUGACCUAACCUGGCCUUUCAACUGGCUGUUUCACCCUCCUAGGUGUUUUGAUCUAGCGGAUGUCUUGAAUGCGAACCCAUACAAACCUGU